UUUCCAAACUUGAAUAUUCCGCUUGCCUGGGAGCUUUCGCCAGCGGAGCAGUGCAGCCAGCUGACUGACACUGAACGUAUACCGGGCUGAUUGUUUUUCCUGCGCCGUGCUGCGCCGUUUGGAUCACACUUUAGGGGGAGACGGAAUCAUCAAGAGUAUCAGCUUCUUCCUGCCUUUCUUCCAACUUAAUUUCGGGCUAUUUUUCAAGAUGACAGAAGAAAAGAGUGUUCGGCAUGUAAAGCUGGUAAUUGGCCAGCUUCCAUGGGAUUUGAUGUCACCUUUAGAUUGGUUUAAUUGAAGAUGGAAACACUGGAGUCUGAGCUGACCUGCCCGAUCUGCCUGGAGUUGUUUGAAGACCCUCUUCUCUUGCCCUGUGCCCACAGCCUGUGCUUCAACUGCGCCCACCGCAUCCUGGUGUCCCACUGCUCCACUAGCAAACCCCUUGAGUCCAUCUCGGCCUUUCAGUGCCCCACCUGUCGUUACGUCAUCACGCUGAAUCACCGCGGCCUGGAGGGCCUUAAGCGCAAUGUGACGCUGCAGAACAUCAUUGAUCGCUUUCAAAAGGCCUCCCUCAGCGGCCCAAAUUCCCCCACAGAGAGCCGCCGCGUGCAGCCGCAGCGGCCCUACACCGCCAACAUUAGCGGAACGAUAGCUGGAACGAUUGGUGGUGGUGGUGGUGGUGGAGGUAGCGGAAGCAGCGCCCGUGGCAGCCCGGCCUCUUCCAGCCACUCCCACCCCCAUGCCAACCACACCAAUCACGCUAAUCACGCCAAUCACGUCAACCACACCAACGCCAACCACAGCCCUGCUGUUGUUGCUAAAAUGGAUCCGCGUAUAAGCUGCCAGUUCUGCGAGCAGGAUCCGCCACGUGAGGCCGUCAAGACUUGUGUCACAUGUGAGGUGUCGUACUGCGACCGUUGCCUGCGUGCCACACAUCCCAACAAGAAGCCGUUCACCAGCCACCGCCUGGUUGAGCCGGUGCCGGAUACUCACAUCCGUGGCCUGACCUGCCUGGAGCACGAAAACGAGAAGGUCAACAUGUACUGCCUGGUGGACGACCAGCUCAUCUGUGCCCUCUGCAAGCUGGUGGGACGCCACCGGGAGCACCAGGUGUCCUCGCUCACUGAACGCUUCGAUAAGCUCAAGGCUUAUCAGGUGAGCCCGGGCAGAGUGUCAGAUGCGGUUAUGGAGGCUUCAAAGACAAGCGCUGCGCAAACCCUGGAGAACAACUUGACCAACCUGGUGAAGAGGAACAGUGAACUGGAGAACCAAAUGGCCAAGCUAAUCCAGAUCUGUCAACAAGUCGAGGUCAACACAGCCAUGCAUGAAGCCAAGCUGGUGGAGGAGUGUGAUGAGCUGGUGGAGAUCAUCCGCCAGAGAAAACAGGUCAUCGCUGUGAAGAUCAAAGAGUCCAAGGUGAUGAAGCUGCGUAAGUUGGCUCAGCAGAUCGCAAACUGCCGCCAGUGUCUGGAACGAUCCAGCGCGCUCAUCACACAGGCCGAACAGAGCCUGAAGGAGAACGACCACGCCCGCUUCCUCCAGACCGCCCGGAAUGUAGCCGAGAGGGUUGCCAUGGCGACGGCCUCCUCCCAGGUACUCAUCCCUGACGUCAACCUGAACGAGGCAUUUGACAACUUUGCCCUGGACUUUUCCAGAGAGAAGAAAAUUUUGGAGGGGCUAGAUUACCUGACAGCUCCGAACCCUCCCUCCAUCAGAGACGAGCUGUGCACCGCCUCCCAUGACACCAUCACUGUCCACUGGACAUCUGAGGACGAGUUCAGCGUCACCUCCUACGAGCUGCAGUACACCAUCUACACUGGCCAGACUAAUUUCAUCAGUUUGUACAACUCGGCUGACAGCUGGAUGAUCGUUCCGAACAUCAAGCAGAACCACUACACGGUGCACGGCCUGCAGAGUGGCACCCGUUACAUCUUUUUUGUCAAGGCGAUCAACCAGGCAGGGAGCCGCAACAGCGAGCCGGCUCGCCUCAAAACUAACAGUCAACCCUUUAAGUUGGACCCAAAGACCGCCCAUAAGAAGCUGCGUCUGUCCAACGACUGUCUUACCAUGGAGAAAGAUGAGAGCUCACUGAAGAAGAGCCACACCCCGGAGCGUUUCAGCGGCACCGGCUCCUAUGGCGCAGCUGGUAACGUCUUCAUUGACAGCGGGUGUCACUACUGGGAGGUGCUGCUUGGAGCGUCCACAUGGUAUGCCAUCGGCGUGGCUUACAAAUCAGCCCCCAAAAAUGAAUGGAGCGGCAAGAACUCGUCCACAUGGGUGUUCUCACGUUGCAACAACAACUUUAUGGUGCGCCACGACGGCAAGGAGAUGCUGGUGGAGGCGAGCCUGCAGCUCAGGAGGCUUGGUGUCCUGCUGGACUACGACAAUAAUUCACUGUCCUUCCAUGAUGCAAUGAACUCCCAGCACAUCCACACCUUCGAAAUCUCCUUCCUCCUGCCUGUCGUACCCACUUUCAUGAUCUGGAACAAGUCGGUCAUGAUUCUCUCAGGGCUGCCUGUGCCCGACUUUGUCGAUGGUGUGGCCACAGAUCUUCAAGAGCAGCAGCAGCAACAGAUGGGCUUGUGUCGACAAGACUCGCCAUACUUGACGGGGAUGAAGUCCUGCCACUGAGGAAGGCCCAUUAUGUCCUAGCGGUGUCCAAUCAGGCCCCGAGGCUGAAAGACAUAGACAGUGUGACAGAGUUCUGCUCUCUCCUCUGAAUUGAGAGUGGACCAGAUACUUUCUUGUGGAUUUAGGAAGUGUUGGAAAUAUACACAGCAGUCUGGGAAAGUGUCAGUCCUGUUAUUUUGUAGCAUCCAAUGCUUUACAAAUCCAUUAUUGAAUGGGAAAGAGGGCUCUUGACUGUAAAUGUCAGUAAUCCUAAAAUACAUAUUAUGCUCUGGAGUCACAACAACACGUUCUUAUUGGCCAUUUAAGGUCUUCAAAUUUAAAUUUAGUUUCUUUCUAAUCUGACCCGUCCGAUGGGGACUGUUGUUGUCAUCUAUUUACAGUUUGAAGUUACAACAUGUGAACAGUGACAUCCACUUAUACCUGACAUGUGAAAUAAUCAAAAUCAAAGCGUAUUACAGAACCAUAAAAAUACAGUAAUUAAUCCACAAACUACUUACAUAUUAGUUUUAAAAUCCAUACAUCUAUCUCAACUGUGUUACGCUAUGACAAAAUUAUAUACAGGCAACAAUUAAUUGAGAAGAUUGAUACUUCUUUCAAGCUUGGACAUUAGCUUGGUUAGCUAAGCAUGGCAUAAAAAGUCAAAAGUGUUUAGUCUCAUACUGUAGUUCCAGCAGAUUACUUCUCAUAAAGUUAAAGUUUUACUACUUUGAUUGAUUAGACAAACACAAUAUAUCCACUAAAUUUGAGGGCUGUUAAAAGGUAUACUCUUUGACUCUGUUUCUGCUUGUUUCCGAUGCUGUUAGCUGAGCCAAAGCAGGCUAGGUACAGAUGUGAAAGAAAGAAAGCGUUGGCCAUUAUCCCAAAACAACCUUUAUCCUUUACAUGUACAAACUCUAUAAUGUUGGCUUCAUGCUAACGCCUCACUAAAGCAAACGCAUGCUAGCUGUGGACUCUUUGUGUUUCAUUACAACAGGAUACUUCUGAUGUCACUGUUCACGCAAUGUAGCCUCAGUAGCUGUAAGUGGUCAUUGCUAAAGUAUUUUCUUUUAACUUCUUUAUAGAUUUGACGCAGCAGUCCUGUUUGUUCUGGUUGGCCCCAGCUUCUAAGUUUCAGAAAUUGCUAAUGUUGCUCCCAGGUGACCAGGGCAUCAUGUGACUCCUAUAGACAUGUAUGAUAAGAGAUUUAUUAGAGAUUAAAGAAAAAUGAGUUAUUUAUGACAAAAGAUGGUUUACUUAUAUUAAAAGUCUCAACAUAUUCAUGAUGCACUUUUUAACUACAAACUAUUUCCCCUCAAUGAGUAUGACGGUAAUAGAGAGAGGUGGCAGGGAUGUAAUGUGGAGGGAAAUCGACAAGUAGCACUUCUGCUGGUUGUUUUUUCUCCUAUAUAAAUCUCCACCUCAAUUUUUUCCUACUUAUAUUAAGAAAAAUAUUUAUGGUCAAUAAUUAAUAGUUACUAAUUACUGACCAUAAAAUGCAAUAACACACUGUUCAAAUUUUAUUUUAUUCAUUUUUGGUAACACCUAACUUAAAAGCACUUUGUAAUAAAACACAAGCCCCUGCUGUAAAGUUAAAUCAAAUUAUUCACUGUGCUUUGAACACAAUUAGUGACUUUCUCUCUCUGUUGCUAUUUUUUCAUAGCAUAUAGUAAGUAUAUCAUGUGUAGUGAAGGGAAAUCAUUCUGAUGAUAUCAUCUGAUUUUCAUCAUGAUGAACUUAAAGAUAAAGUUAUAGCUGUUCAUCAAAAAAAAAAAAAGUUCACUCUGAUGUCGACAAUUCAGGGAAGGAGGGAGUUCACACUUUAACUUGCUGUCUGUUGCAAUGUCAUAGCAUGAUUGUGUUUCCCUCUGUGAUUUGUUAACAAACACACAUGCACAUGCACAUGCACACACAAACAAACAUAUGUCAUGUUUUUCUUUAGCCAGCCCUUGUUGUGAUAAAUGCAUGGAACAUUGUAGGAUGCCACUGGUUCAAUAGAUGAUUUAAAUAGCUCACCAGAUCCAGUUUUUCAUCUCGUACAUUAACAUUCGCUAACAACAUACUUGACCUCAAGCUCUUUUUGUCACUUUCAAAAAUCAGCCUUUAUAGCUGGAUCCAUUUUUUUUUUUUUAUUAAGAGUUGGUGUUCCUCUUUGGUUUGAUGUUCAGGUAGUGAAUCUGAUUCAGACAAUCGUAUAUGUAUCAUAGAUUUGAGAUGUGUGUAAAAGAAAAGAGUUGGGGUAAAACAGCUGUUUUACAUGCUUUUUCUCUUUCAUUUGACAUGAAAAAUUCACACCGUGUUGCCAUUUUCACCAUUUCUUUACACUAUCACAUUAUGUGCUUAAUGUCUAAUGUCAUGUUACUCUAAAAAUCCGCAGACAGGCUUUAGUUAGCUUGACUUAAAAAUACAGUUUUACUCGGCCAGCCCACUUUGAGUUCAGUCAUUUUCUGGACAUUGUUACAGAGUGAAAGCAGAGAUCCAGUGAUGAAAAAAAUCUUAAGCUACUGAAGGUAGUAAAAGUCUUACAUGGCAUGGCCUCCCCUUUGUAUCUUUCCUCUGCUGUGUUUAAAAAGGACACCUUUGUGAUAUGUCUCUCUCAAAUUGUUUGAUGGCAAUAAUAGCCUGAGUGUUGCAGGCAACAGAAAUACUCCCACUAACAGGAGAAGCUCUACUACAAGGGGAAGUACUUUUUCAAUAUGUUACCUGACUUCUAGAUAGCCACUCAUCUUGUUGCGAAAUGUCGGUCACAUGCUCAAAACAGCCGUGUGUUGAUUUGUGAUCCAGGCUGACAAGCUCAACUCAUCUGUGCGAUGUGCUUGGCUGGGUCACUGCAUGAUUAUGUGACCUUGCUGCAGGUUCAUAACUCUUCCUGAUCUUCAGGAUGGGGGCUCUUAUCUUGUGUCGAGCAUAUUCUCCUUUUUUAUUCUUUUUGUUUUCUGAUGGAAAAAAAUAACCAUGACAAGAACACUCAGACAGGAAAUGUUCAUUGCCAUGCAUAUCAGAUAGUUUUGCAGUGCUCUUUCUUUGUGUCACCAUGCAGUCAAUACAGGUAAAUAUAUACAGUGAAUGAUUUUCAAUAGCUUCCCACUCCUUGUAGUGCAGUGUAAUACCCUAGAGACAAUGCAAUAGAUCCUUCUUUUUGAUUUUUCUGUUUGUGUAACUUGGGAAAUUAUUUUUUACAACUCAUGAGACAAACUUUCUUCUCCUUUUGGCUUUUGGACCUUGAUAAACAGCACAAAAAGAGCAGCGUUGCGUUCAUGCAAGGCUUUCUGUUUCCAUGGAUAUGAGCGAUACUUUAAGCCAGAGAGAAAUGUAAAUCAUAUGGGGAAAUCUAUAUUAUAUAAAGUUGUAUAAUAUACAAAAUAUAUAUGAACCAAUGUUAUUUAUGUGAAUUUAAGUCCAAUUAAAAGUCUGAUCCCAAA